AUGCAAACAUAUUCACAUUUUAAUGAAAGUAUUUCCUACAAUAUCUCAUACAAUGGACAUUUACAAAACACAAUCUAUCAUAAUCUUCCAGAAAAUAUUCAACUUGUAGAAGAUUUUGAAAAACGUUAUCAAUUAUCAUACAAAAUAGAACAUGAACUUGAUUUACAUGAGUUCGAACUUAUUAUGACACUUGGGCAAGGAUCAUUUGUUAUACUUGAACAAAACAAAAUUGAAUAUGCUCUCAAAGUUUUAGAUAAAUCAAAAAUUGUAAAAUAUAAACAAAUAAAACAUGUUCAAAAUGAAAUACGUAUUCUUAAUGCUAUUAGACAUCCGAAUAUUAUCAUAAUGCAUUCUUUAUUUAAAGAUAAUUCAUAUAUUUAUGUUCUUAUGGAAUAUGUUCGCGGUGGUGAUUUAUUUGGUUAUAUAAAUAAAUUAAAAGUAUUUCAAGAACAUAUAACUUCAUUUUUCGCUGCUCAAAUUGUUCUUAUUUUGAUAUAUGAAAUGAAUACGGGUAAUCCACCAUUUAAAGGUCAAUCCGAAGUUCUUCUAUUUGAAGCAAUUUGUCGAAAAAAAACACCAUUACGAGCUAAUUUUACAUUAAAUUUUAAAAAGAUUAUACUUGGUUUACUUCAAAAAGAUCCAACUACACGAUUAGGUUCAAGUGCAAAAGGAUCAACAGAAAUUAAAGAACAUCCAUGGUUUUCUAAAAUAAAUUUUGAAGCAAUUUAUACACAACAAAUACCAUCACCAUUUUCUAAAUAUAUAAUCACUAAAUCAUUAAUAGAUUGUCGUCAAGAAUCUAUAACACGAAAUGAAAAACCAUUAGUUAUUGCAGAACAAGAUGAUUUUAAAGAAUAUUUCAAGGAUUUCUAA